AUGCUACUACCAGGAGAGUAUUUUACAAAGCAAUUAUGGUCGGGAACCGGAAUCAUAGCGUUUGGUGCAUGCAUUAUUGCGUAUAACGGGUCUUCAAAUACAGAGCCACCAGAGAAUGGCCCCACGCCCGAUAUUAAUGAGAAAUUCAAAAUUAUUUUGUCAAAGUUAUUGGACAGUUCAUUUUUGACGUGGUUUAUUGGAACAUUUGUAUUCAUGAUGGCCCUUUUAGUGGUCAAUUGUGUCUAUUUGAAAAAGAAGACAUAUCAAUAUCGACAAAACUUUACGUUAAAAGAUGCUCAGAACAACACUCUAGUACUCAAGUUCAACAAGAACCAAUUUUGGAAAGGGAUAAACUAUGGAAUCAUUAGUGGAACCUUGACAGCGCACACUUUCCUCUUUGCCAAAUCAAUAAUCAGCGUGAUUAUGGAAACGAUCGUGAAGGAAGGAUUUGCUGGUGUAUUCAAAGUCAGCAACAUUGUACCGUACUUGCUCUUAGUAGCCAUGCUCAGCAUAGUCGGUUUACAACUUACGGCCUUCAAUCUAGGAUUGGCACAGAUAUCAACCACUAUAUUAUAUCCAUUGUGUUUCUUGGUGUACAACUUAAUGAAUUUGAUCAACGACUUGAGAUUCAACAGGCUCUUGACAGACCACAAAAUGACGUAUGCGCAAUUCUCGUGGAUAGUUAUAGGGUUGCUUGGCGUCCUAUGUGGUGUGUUGGUCUUGAGCUGGGACAGUGCGUUCCACGGAGCUAACGCUGAAAACGAAACUGAGAUACUGAUUAACGAAAUUGAUAAUGUGAUGACAGCCGAGUCUUCCUAUGAGCAAUGGAAAGACAGUGAUGAUGAGGGCGAUAAACAGGUUUCACAUCUCUGCUCUUACAGAGUGACGCUAGCUUUGAGAAUUGUCUCCGUACUUGAAAUUGAUAAUACAUAG